CGAAACCCCAUUUCCCCAUCGCCAUCACCAUCUCAAAGUUGUCUUCCGCCCAUCUCACCAUGGCUGCUCCUAUCCGCGUCCUCGCCCUUUGCGGGUUUACGCAAAAUGCGCACAUCUAUUCCAAACAGCUCGGAGCCGUCCGCAAGACAGCUAAGAACGCCGAGUUCGUCUUCCUCGAACCCCCCAUCAUCGUGCACAAGGCCGACAUGCCCUGGAACCAGAACCUUGAUCAGUUUGCAUCCAACGCCACGACCGAGGAAGAGCGGCAGACGCCUGAGACGACGCCACGCGCAUGGUGGCUUACAGACUCGGACCGCAAAGUCUACCAGCGCAUCGAUGAGAGCAUUGCCUACAUUCACGACUUUAUGGCCAAGAACGGGCCGUUCGACGGCAUCAUGGGCUUCAGCCAGGGCGCGUGCAUGGCGUCCCUCGUUGCAGCGCUGCUCGUCAAGCCCGGCCUCCACGCGUCGUGGCCUGCCGAGCCCGCGAUGCCGAGCCCCAAGUUUGUCAUCGCCGUCGGUGGAUUCGCACCUUCCUCUGAGAUUCCCGACUUUGCCCCCUUCUUCCCUAUCCCGGCUGCUGUGCCCGUGCUGCACGUUAUCGGUCGUACUGAUGUUGUCGUGAGCGAGGAGCGGUCGCGCAGCCUUAUCGACGCUUGCGAGAACUCGCGGGUGGAGUACCACACCGGAGGGCACUUCACGCCGUCCAAGGCGAGCUGGAGACACUUCUUCAACGCGUACAUCACCGCAACGUACAAUGGCGAGAACCAGAACGACAUCCCCCCCGUCGCAUCGUUUGGGCCUAGCGGUACAAGCACACCUGUAACUGCGAGCCAAACGCCGCGCGGCGGUACCCCGGUGCCUCCGCCCGAGGACCUGAGGCAGGCCCUCCCUGCUCCGCCUCGGAGGUGAGGAGGGAGAUCCAGUGAGCCCUACAAUAGACUAGAUAUGUAGACUGGCUCACUGCUGGACUUCUCCUCCACCAUCAGAGGACGGCAACCUCCGAGUGUCAUGUCAGGACCUGGCAGUGUGGCAGAGGAUGUAUAAUCCUUAAGGC